AUGAGCGGCAGUGGCAUGGGAGUAGUCCUCGCUGCGCUCGCUGCGGCGCUGGUCCCGUUGCUGUGGGCGGCUCUGGUGCGCCAGGUGUGGCGGCCGUACGCCGUGGAGCGGGCGUUCGCUCGGCAGGGCGUCCGAGGGCCGCCGUACCGCUUCUACGUGGGCAACAACCGUGAAGCGAGGGCGAUGCUGGCGGCGGCGAGCGACGAGGCGCUGGAGUGGAGCUCCAACGACAUCGUACGCCGCGUGAUGCCGCACGCGCGCGCGUGGGCGUCGCUCUACGGCAAGGUGUUCGUGUCGUGGACCGGCUCGACGCCGAGGCUGUGGGCGGGCGACCUCGACAUGGCCAAGCGGAUCCUCUCCGACAAGGCCGGGCUGUACGUGAACCCGUACCCGGGCCCGGCCCUCAUGGCGCUCCUGGGUCAGGGCCUGGUCUUCACCAAGGGCGACGACUGGGCGCGCCACCGCCGCGUCGUGCACCCAGCGUUCGCCAUGGACAGGCUCAAGUCGAUGACGGCGUGCGCGGCGGAGGGUUCGUUGUCGUCGUUUUGGGUUUUCGGCGUUCUCAUUUCUUCUCCUAUUCGUCCAUUCGAUUUGGUGUUUUUCGGUGGUGGCGGCUGGCUCGGCUACUGGCGACUCGUAGGGAGUGUUGAGAUGGUUCGGAAAAGGCCUGCUGGUGUUGUUGAUUUAUCUAGCUCUGAUAAUUCUGAAAAUGAUGAUUUGGAAGAUGUCCAAUGUUCUCAACUUCCUUAUAUGGAUUAUAAUUCAUAUCAAUCUGCUUCGGAAACUCAGGUUGUUUCAGAUGGUGAUUCUUCUAGUGACAAUUCAAGUUUUGACCGACAUUUGCAUGAGAAGUGUUUGAAAGAUUAUGAGAAGAUAAGGAAUAUGAAGAGAAGGCUGAAAAUGGCACUGAGGCAUAAGUCUAAGAAGGUGAAAUCUGUGAAGAAGUCUAAGGAGGGAUUCACAAGAUUUUCUGCCACAGCUUUUAUGAAUGUGAUUUCCUCUUUGUCCCCUGAGAAGAAGGCAAUUAUUGCUAGCUAUGGGUUUGGUUCUCUGUUGUUGUUUGAUAAAUGCUUUGUGCCGAAUAGUUUUGGUAAGUGGGUUGCACAUUUAGUUGAUUCCAAGUCUGGUGAUAUUAUUCAUAAUGGAAAGGUAAUCUCACUUGCUGAGGAAUCAGUGAAUCUUGUUCUGGAUCUUCCUGUUGGUACAAGACCCUUCCCUUCUGAUCCAAGUGCUGGCAAGGAUUUUGUAUUAUCGAAGUUUGGAAAGUCUAAGAUUCCAUCAGUUUCUUUUUUUGCUGAUAAAUUGAUCAAGAAGGAACAUUUGUCAGAUGAGGACAUGUUUAUUUGUUUCAUGAUAGUUGCUUCGAGCAGUUUCUUGUGCCCCAAUACGAAUACUGUUCCGAGCCCAAAGUACUUUGGCAUAUUUGAAGAUGUUGAGCACAUUAAAGAUUUCAAGUGGUGUGCUUAUGUGCUACAUUGGUUACUUGAGCAUGUCAAGGCGUUCAAUGGAGGUAAAGAUGAUAAAGCGAAAUGUUGUUUAGGUCUUGGUGGCUGUUUGUAUUAUCUUGCGGUUGUUUAUCUGGAUCAUAUCGAUUUCUGGCAGAGGCAACUUGUAGGCUCUAUUCCUCGAAUAUCUGUGUGGAAGGGUGAUUUGAUUCAGUUUUAUGCUAAUCUUGACAUCAAAUCUCCUGGUGUUUAUGGUUACAGACCUCUGCUUGACUUUGAGAAAAUGUGCUAUUACAAGUGUGGUCAUCUUAAGACUAUGGUUUCUGCUGAAGAUCUUGAUUCUUUUUUUGUGAUAAAAUGGAAUCUGUUUCUGGUUAUAUCUCAGUUGGUUGACAAGCAUUCCUUUAAUUGUGGUUCAUCUUUCAAUUUGGAUAUCAUUUCCCUUGGGAAUGUGUCCAAAGACUUCCAAGAUAUGUUUGCAAAGUUGAUGCGGCAUGUGUGUACUAUUGAUUUGAGAUCGAAGGAGUUAAUUGUGGAUGUUAUGGAAGCUAUUGCUCAGACUGAUCCAUCUGUUGAAGAUGAUGAUCCUUUAUCUGUUGCUGCAAGUCCAAAUGAAGAUUCUGUUCCUAAAGUCUCUCAGGGUAUACGUGUUGGUAAUAAUCCAUCUAUUGAUGUUGAUUUGGAGAAGAAGGUGAAAAAGAGAAGUUCCGUUGUUUUAAGCCAGAGAUUAAAACCUAUGUCUUCCCCUGAUUUGGGUGGUGAAGUCAGGCUUGUUCAUGCUUCUAUUCGUAAUCCUUUGGCUGAUAGAACUAAUGUUGCUUCUCAUUCUGGUGGUUGUCAUAUUUCUUUUAAUUUGGAUAGGGAUGUCAUUCUUAUUGAUAAAGAGAAUGUUGUUAUCCCUGAUUUUGUCUCUCCAUCUCCUUUUUGGCACCGAUCUAGAUUUUUUCCAUCUAAGGAUCGUGUAAUUAUGCAAACUCUUCCGUUUUCUGAUGAAGAAACUCCCCGUAUUACACCUAAACUUUCUAAGAAGCCUCUAAUGCUGCCUCUGAGUCAUAGUUCUCUGAAGAAUUCUAAAAAAUCUACUGUCAAUGGAAAUGAUACUUCUCCUGUUGUUUGUACUGGUUCAAGAUCCUUUUUUGAUAAAGUCAGAGUUGAAACUAAAAACUCUGAUGUUAUAUAUAAUUCUAAGUUGGAAAAAGCGAGGAUGAGCUCAGAAACUCCUAAUUUGUGUCUGAACAAAACUCAUGGUUUUCCAUUAGAUUCUUCUAUUGAUCCAGCAGGUGUGGCUGGUCGUUCUGAUUUCAAAUCAAGGGAUUCAUCAACUGGUGGGAAAGUUCCUAUUCAUGGUCCUAGAAGAAUGGUUUCUCCAAGUCGAUAUUAUGGUGAUGAUUUUGAUAAUCUUCAAGACAAAUUUAAAGUUUCAAAAUCUGAAAUUGCAAACUACAAGGCUAUCUGUGCUUUGUCGAAGUCUAGUCCCAUCAAUGAGGAUGCUUUGUAUUUUGGAGGUGUUCGUUGUACAUACUGGUCCCUUGGAGAAUCUAUGAAGCCAGGUGGUAAAGUAAAUAAUUUUGUGGUGGCUGUAUUUCACUAUCAUCUCUUUUGCCAGCCUGAUGGACAUCCAGAUGUUUCAAAGCGGCAUUACUUCUUUUCUAACAUUUCACUGUAUUUUCCAAGUUUCUAUGAAGAUCAUUGGUUUGUCUUUGUUGUUGAUAUCAAGGAUAGGAAAUUUGUGUUCCUGGAUUCAUUCUAUUAUGAACUUCAUGCUUACCAACAAUAUGUUAGGGAAAAGAUGAUUCUAGAAUUCCAAUUUUGGUGGAACAGGUUUGUCAAGACUGAUAUGAAGUUCAGUGAAUAUGGUGUUAUAUAUCCAAGUGUGCCCAAGCAGUCUCUAGAUAAUAAUGUUGAUUCAGGAGUUUAUGCUAUGAUGUUUCUUAAGCAUUGGUCAUCGCCAAGAUCUUCUCUAUUUUCUUUGUUCAGUAGCAAAGAUAUUACAAAUAUCAGGAUCAAGUUAUGCAAUGAGAUGUUGUUCAACCCUAGGAACACUGGUAAUAAGAAUCCAGUCAUUACCUAUGAUCACAAUCAGGAAGGUGGCUCUCAGUAG